UGUAAAUCUGUGCAGAGGCUUUCCUCUUACUAAUCAUCUUAUUUGGCGACUCAAAAAAUACAAGCGACUUCAAUCGAAAAACAACACAUCGGACGACUGUGACCACCAUGUGACGAUAUGACAGGUGUAGCAGGCUCGUGCCGUUUUCAGUGAGUGGGAAAUGUUCCGCUGCUUAAGGAGUUGCAAGUGUAGCGUGCACACAAAUGACUGAUCACCACAGAAAAGUGCAGACAAAGGCAUGAUACAUGUAGAUAUCAUUGGAGUUUAUUGCCUUUUCUGACACAAUGAUUUGCAAAAUAACACCAAAGACAUGCUGUAACUGGGACAUCGCAGUACUGGAGAGGGUGUCAGUAUGAAGGGCCCCAGCUCCAGAUGGGCUUUUUUCCUGGGCUUCUUGGUGGGAGCCUUCAGCUUCUACUUCUUCCUGCACCAGGUGUGGUUUGAGAGGAGCUACCCUGUGCUGUCAGAGGCUCAGGAAAAAGCCACAACAGUGGGAGUGAGACCAACCAGCUGGAGGAAAGAGGGAGCUGCUCUCAUCAACUUGCUCCACCCUCACCACGCAGAUGAAGACAGCCGAGUGGCAGAUGUGUUGUACCAGAAAGUACGUGUUCUCUGUUGGGUGAUGACAGGGCCGUAUAACCUGCAGAGCAGGGCCCGCCAUGUCAGGGCGACCUGGAGUCGCCACUGCAACGCGGUAGUGUUCAUGAGCUCUGUGGAGGACCCAGACUUCCCCACUGUGGGACUGGGCACUAAGGAGGGCCGUGACCAGCUCUACUGGAAGACUAUCCGAGCCUUCCAUUAUGUUUACGAGCACCAUGCGAAUGAAGCAGACUGGUUCUUAAAAGCGGACGAUGACACCUAUGUGGUGGUGGACAACCUGCGCUGGAUUCUGUCCAACCACACCCCUGAAGAGCCCAUCUAUUUUGGUAAACGCUUUAAGCCUUACACCAAGCAAGGCUACAUGAGUGGAGGGGCAGGCUACGUACUUAGUAAAGAGGCCCUCAAGAGAUUUGUGGAAGGUUUUCGCACCAAAGUUUGCACACACACCACUCCUGUAGAAGACCUAGCUCUGGGGCAGUGUUUGGAGAAGAUGGGUGUUCUGGCUGGGGAUUCCAGAGAUACUUUGCAUCGAGAAACUUUCCAUCCGUUUGUGCCAGAGCACCAUCUAACUGGCAAGUUCUCCAAGAGCUUCUGGUACUGGAGCUAUUGUUACUACCCGAUUGUUGAGGGUCCACAGUGCUGCUCUGACCUGGCAGUAUCGUUCCAUUAUGUGGAAGCAGAGCUAAUGUACACACUGGAGUAUUAUACCUACCACCUGAGAGCGUACGGCUACAGGCCACGAUACCGGCCGUCCUUGCGCCAGGGUCUGAGCCUCGGCACUCUCUCGCAGACCACUGUGACGGUGGGAUUUAAAGGAGCACAAGAGGUGACAGAAGCAAGGAGUCACACAACUGCUGCCUUUUCUGUUAGCGGCAACCAAACCAAAGUUGAGAUGGAGACAGACAAAGGGGAGGGAGACGAUCUAAACUCACACCACAGAGAGAACAGGACUGUAGUCACACAUGACAGACAACUCUGAUCUCAUGUGGGGUUCUGUGUUUUAACUGUGACGUGUCCGAUUGAAUCUACAUUAGAAACACUUGUGGCUACUUUUGCUCGGCGACAGGAGCUGUGAUGGCGAUUGUGCCAGAGAAGAGAAGUUGCCCUGUGCGUUGUGUUAGUUGAUGAUUUCUUCUGACAGAGCUUCCUUGAUCUGAUCACGGUAUACCACGGUCAGUAUGACACUGUAAGCACUCAGCACAGUGUGAUUCAGUGGCAGCUGCGAAUGGCUUAGCUAUUUUCAACCGAGAUAAACACUUGGAUUAGCUUAAUUUGAUUUGACAUCAUCAGUGUUUGAAAUGAUGACUUCACACAGUCACAGAUGUGUGCUUGGAGUGAUACAGGAAAAGGCACAUAGAAUAUUAUAUUAAUGUGUCUCACAAGCACCUGAUCUGAGCCAUUAUGAAACAAUGUAUGAAAUGAUUCUUAUAUUUUUUCAUUAAUUUUCAUUUAAUUCAUAAUUUGGAUUUUUUUUUCUAAUGAGAAAAGCAAAA